AUGGCAUGGCGGCCGUGGGCUGCGUUCUGGGCGCUCGUGGCGUCGUGCGUCGCGGCCUCGGAGCCGUCGGCGCAGCACGGUGCGCCGCUCCGGAAGAGCGUGCUCGCCGCGGAGCGCGAGCGCGUGGGGCCGGCGCUGCGCGCGCGCAUGCUCCGGCCCGGCGGCGGCGAGGUGCCCGCGCGGACCGUCGAGUACCUCCAGCUGCGGCCGGAGCGGCGGCGCGAGCUCGAGGAUGGCACGGCGGCGCCGAGCGCGCUGCCGACGCCGGCGCCGAGCGCCCUGCCCAGCGCGUCGUCGGAGCCGUCGCCGCGGCCGAGCACGGCGGCCCCGACGCGCGUGACGCUCGCGCCGUCGCCGCGGGACUGCACGCUCGGCUUCUGCCCGCAGCCGACGGCGGCGCCGUCGGGCGCGCCGACGCUCGGCGGCGCGCCGACGCUGAGCUGCGGGGAGCGCCGUGAGGACGGCGACGCGAACAACGAGACCGACAGCCGGCUCGUCGGCUGCGCGGGCUACACGGACGCGACGGCCUGCGGCCUCUUCGACACGGACGCCUUCCGCGCCGACGAGCUCUGCUGCGUCUGCGCCGCGGCGGCCGCGGCGCGCGUCUGCGAGGACUGCGACGCGUACGAGGCCUGGGACGGCGAGGGCUGCCCCGUGCGCGACGACGGCACGGCCUUCCUGCCCCUCUUCGACUUCGCGGCGUCCGACUCCGUCGAGGAGCGGCGGGGCUACGACCCCGUGGGCCUCGUCGACGGCUGCGCGGUCGCGAUGACCAUCGAGCCGGGCGCGUCCGCGUACUUCAAGCUCUCGGGCUUUUCGAACGCGACGGCGUCGGGCGCGCUGCCGACCUUCUUCCUCGAGUGGGACAUGUCGAACAACGAGCAGUCCCUGCCCAUGUUCCGCGACAUCCCGCGCUACUACGAGGGCGCCAUGUCCCUCUUCUUCGACUGGUACAACUGGCCCGCGGUGACGGCCGACGCCUACAACUACGCCGAGUCCGACGAGGGCUUCGACCUCUACCACUGCCACUCGUGCGGCUACCUCGUGUCGUCCUGCGCCUACUGCUGGGACGAGGACCUGCGGAGCGACGGCUGCGCCCACACGCCCCGCUGCGAGGCCUCCGGCGACGACCUCUAUAUGACUGUCUACGGCAUGAACUCGCACGUGUCGACGGCCAUGGUCAAGCUGUCGCGCGUCGUCAUGUACGACUACAUCCGCGAGUCCGAGCUCGAGGCCAUCAAGAACCUCUGGCUGGCGACCUGCGAGCCCGUCCUCGCGCCCCCCGCCGCGCGGAACGUCGGGAGCGCCCGCGAACUGGUCCUGGGUCGAGUACGCGGCGUGCUGCCCGAGUCCAUGGGCGACGCGGAGCAGCUCGUCUACUUCUCCGCGGAGCGCGCGGGCCUCACGGGCGAGCUGCCGGCGAGCCUCACGGGCUGCCGGUCCCUCGCCUUCUUCCUCGUGUCCCACAACUUCCUCUCCGGCGAGAUCACGUCCGACUUCGUCAACGGGUUCCCGGAGAUGUACCACAUCGACCUCGACUACAACGCCUUCUCCGGCGAGCUGCCCUACCUGAGCUGCUGCCUCAAGAACCUCCACAAGGUGUCCUUCGAGCACAACGCGUUCACGGGCUCCGUCACGGACGACCACUUCAUCGAGCGCGCCGCGGCGCCCCGGCGCGGGCGCCGGGGCCUCUACGCGGGGUUCGCCAUGGGCCAGAAGCCGUCGGUCGAGUCCGCGCUGAGCCUCGUCGGCAAUCGGCUCUCGGGCCCGCUGCCGUCCAUCUUCUACUCCUUCUACUACGACGCGGCGACGACGCUGACCUACUUCUCCGCCAAGGACAACCACUUCCGCUGCAGCGCGCGGCCCGCGCCCGCCGCGCGCGCGGGCGACGAGAUCACCGUCGCCGGCGAGGCCUUCGCGGCGACGACGGAGAGCACGUGCAAGUUCACCUACGACGCCGGCGGCUCCGACGUCGUCCCGGCCUUCUUCUACUCGGCGGCCGAGGUCCGCUGCACGCUGCCCGAGGACGCGCCGACGGGCGACUGCGUCGUCGCCGUGGCAAACUACGGCGACGACUACAGCGACGCGACGACGCUCGGCGACUACGCCGCCGUCGCGGUCAUCAUCGCCGCGCUCCUCUUCGCCGCGCUCGUGACAGGCUCCUGCAUGUACCUCGUCGCGCGCGAGAAGGCCGGCAAGCCCCUCUUCAUGCCCCUGAGCCAGUCGCCCCUCCACCCCGCGGAGACCGAGCUCGCCCCCCCGGCGUCCGCGUCCGAGGUCGCCCUCAAGGACGACGUCGACGGCGGCCGCAUGUCCACGAUCCCGCUGUGA